AUGGAACUCGAGCCUGUCGGUGAUCUCUGCACGUUUUUGACCGAACAGAAUCGGGCAGCUGGUACACUCGACGAAGAUUCCCAGCGGACCUUUACUUUCUCCAAAAUCUCAAACGAAAGGCAGAAGCAAGCGACGGUAAAAGCAAAACUGCACUCGUUCUCCGAACUUUUGGACUCGCACCAUCAAAUGAAGAUCAACAUUUCAAGGCGAGGUCGCUUCGAAAUAGCAACGCACCUAGCUUCCGCUUUGUUACAGACUCAUCUUUCCCCCUGGCUGUCACCAAAAUGGACCAAAAAUGACUUCCACUUCUUUGUCGACACGGAAUCUUACUCAGUCUCCAGCAUAUAUCCCUCAGUCUGCCGCGAAUUCGCCGCUAGACCGGACACCGCCAUCCCAAACUACGAAGACACAGGCCACGACGCAACAGCACAGCAGGACAACGAGGAGGAAACACGCACGCGCCUAUUCACACUGGGCGUCAUGAUCCUUGAGCUCAUAUUCGGGCACACCAUCGAGGCGUGCCAGUUCCGCCGCGAGUACCUCGGCGCCGACGGGCGGCCCAACGACCAGACGGACGUGAGCACGGCGCGGCGCUGGUCGCGCAGGGUGCUGGGCGAGAGCGGGCCCGACAUGUCGGAUGUCGUGCGGCGGUGCCUCGACUGCUCGUUCGGGCCGCAGCCGAGCUUCGCCGACGGGCGGUUCCGCGAGGCUGUCUACGUGGGCGUCAUCCUGCCGCUUUCUAACUACACCAAGCUGUGGCCGGAGGUGAUGCCUUGA